AUGUCUUCUUUUACUCCUCUUACUGGGUUUCCAGCUCCAGGUCUUCGGGCUUCACGCCGUUUUAUCACCUCCCGUAAUAAGGAUGGCAAGGGUGUUUUUGUUGUGGAUGACACCGGUGACCACCACAGGGUGUUGGCGGGAGGCCGGACUCCAGUCGACAUGAACGACGACAAGGAUAUGAAAUAUGCGAGGGAUAACGCCGAGCCUGGAAUUCACAUUCCUAAUGGUAGUGUCGUUCGAUUGGUUGACUUUGCCCCUGGAAUCGAGUCACCGCCGCACCGGGCCAUGUUCCUCCUGUCGCUUGACAGCGGCGAGAGCAAGGUUAUGCUACCCGGGGACGUCAGCGUCAACCGAUGCUGCAUGCACACGUGGAAGAAUCUCGACGAGGAGCGCCCCAGCCGCAUGGUGUUCAUCUUGCUUGACGUUGCCACUUACAAGGUUAACGGGGAGGUCGUCAAGGAGGAUCUUGGCGAAAUGGCCUCAGAUUAUGUGGUUCGCGAUAAGCACUAA